AUGGAUCCGAAGCUGGUCGGACCAUGGGUCGCAAAAGCACUAUGUACAGAGUUUGCAUUGCUGCUCUUAAAUCAGCCACUAAAGCCAGAACUAGAAAUAUUCCAUCAACUUUGGUCAAAAGCCCUAUUUAAGGCUACAGUGGAUGGGGGAACCAAUGAGCUGUAUGACAACAUGGCUGAGCAGAGAGGCAAAUAUCUGCCAAAUCUCAUCACUGGGGACUUUGACUCAGCUAGGCCGGAGGUCUUACAGUUUUAUAAGGAAAAGGGAGUGGAAAUUGUAAAUACUCCAGACCAGGAUGAUACAGACUUUACAAAAUGUUUGAAGAUUAUAUUGGAAAAGAGGAAAACUUACCAGGUAGACUGUAUUGUUGCGCUUAGUGCCUUUGGAGGUCGACUGGACCAACAGUUUGCCAAUAUAAACACAUUAUUUACAGCUCACCAGCUUGAAGGAAGUAUACCAGUUUACCUCUUGUCCAGCCAGUCAAUGUCCUGCUUACUUCAGAAGGGCUGUCACAGGUUGAAAGUUGACUCUGGGAUGGAAGGUGAAAGUUGUGGUCUGGUUCCUAUUGCAGGUCAAUGUAAUACUGUUACAACAUCAGGACUUAAAUGGAAUCUGGACGGACAGUCCAUGUGUUUUGGAGGGUUAAUCAGUACAUCUAAUACAUGGAAUGGAGCAGAUACUGUUACCGUGGAAACUGAUAGUCCUUUGUUAUGGAUGAUGGAUUUGAAAACUAAAUCAGCAUCUUAAAUACAGUCAUGUUUAACUGUAAACUUCAACAACAAAUAUUAGAUUUUACUGUUUUAUUUUAGAUUUAAUCAGGUUUUACAGUUUUCCUUGAAGAUAUAGUAUGCACAUCUUUCACUUAGAUAUGUUUUCAUAAGAGAAUAACAUUAAAUGUAGACACUCCUCAUUAGAUUUAUUUGACUUGGCUAAAAAAGUAACUGCUUACAUAGAACUGCUAUUGAAACUAAACAUCAUUUGAGUCGCACCACGAGAAAACCAACAUAGUGCGUUUGUGACCAGCAUGGAUGCAGACCAGCCUGCACAUCCACACAGUCUGGUUAGGAUCCAUGCUGUUCGCUUUCAAAGUCUAUUGCAAUUAGAGAAACAGCGAACAGUAUUUAGUAAUAGUCAGUAUCAAUUUUGUGGUUUAAAAUCCAGUUAUACUGGUUGGGAACCAUUUUCCGGACAGGACCAGUUUCCGGACACACGUAAUAUCCACUUUAUUUCGUUGUUUUUCAUGUAAUUGUUUUAUCUAGAUCAUUUAGAUGUUUGUUCUUCAUGUCUACAACAAACCACUAUUUUAUAAGACUGUAUAAUGUUUGGGUUUUUGAUGAUAACUCACCUGCGUUUACAAAACAAUUUUCUGUCUUAACGGGACAUGAAGAUAGCUUUGCGCAUGCGCAGAGCGCAGAAGUUCACACUUGCCGAGGUAUCAAGUGGGGAAGAAAUAAUCAAACUACAUAAUGAUUGUCUGCUGAUAACAUGUUCUACUUUUAAUUUCACGCUAAAAGUUACGUAAGAUGCAGCACUGUCGAUUUUUGCACUAAUUUUAUUCUAUAUCUAUUGGAAUUAUCAAGAAUUCGUAUAAGACGAAAUUCAAGUUUUUUAUAGUCAACCUCGGUUUGCUUUCGUAGCUGCUAUUGAACAUCGGGUUAUGUUUCAUGUGCAAUUUUGAAGAGAUGAAUGAUAAAGAAAUGUGUAGAAAUAGUAUAAUUAAUUAUUUACAACAAAUUAACAACAAAACACCGUCAAAAUAUUUGUCUGGAUACUGGUUUACCUGACAGGAAAAAUAACUUAUUUUAGUGACCCCAUUUGAGGCCCCAUGGAACCCAUAUUUUACGUCACAAUGCGAUGCUGAUUACAACAUCGGAUGUGGAAAGAGCUGAAGUUUGUGCAGUGUGGGCUUCUUAUAUGUCAAAUAUUUUUUUAGGGAAUAAUGGAGGCGAAAUAUGACUAUGUGUCCGGAAAAUGGUUCCCAACCAGUACAUUCAUUUAAUUGUGUAAUUUAAAGGGAAUUCCUAUAGUUUUUAAUGCGCAUCUUUCUGCGCAGCCGACACUUUCUAUGGAAAACUGAACUGAAGUCAACAUUUGUUGAAACAUGUUACAGACAAUCUUAAAUAUGAGGAAUCUUGAAUGAAAUAACAUUUUUAAUAAGUUAUAUCAGUAAUCAAAUGUUGAUACUGGUUUAUGUUGUAUUGACAAGUAUCAUGCCUGACAGGUAUCUUGCUAUUUUUGUGGUUGUGUUUUCACAUCGCAUUUUAGUAUAAAGACAGUGUUGUUCAUAUAAUGUAAGAUAAUUGACUUAGUACUGAUAAGACAAUAUCACCUUUCAGAUUAUUUAGUAUGCAAUUAUAGAAAGAAUUAAGAAUUUUUAAAACUUUUUUUAAACUUUUAGCAGACAUACAUGUAAUCAAUUUGGGCAGGUUUGCGCCAUUUCCGUCCGAACAGGUGUUUGUAUUCUAGCGGUCUUAACAUAAAAUUUAGCCUGGUGACCCAUACAUUUUUAGCCAUUUUUAUGCUGACAAUACAAUUAUCUAUACACAAGAAAAAAAAGAAAAAAUUCUAUGAAAGAGUUUUUUCAAAAUUUAAAAACAUAUUCUUCACUAUGGGUAUUUUUCAUUGAAAAAAGUUCACAAAGUAAAUAUGAAACAAUAUUUUUUUUUCAUUUGUACCCAUCAUUGUAAGGAUAGAGUAUUACAGAUAUGACUAUGAUAUCAAGUAAGUAUAUGAUAAAAUCUGUAAUAAAAAAAAAACCGUAUUGUGCUGCCUGGAUGUAUAUUUUGGUUGGUAUUUAUAAAAAAGCAGAAAAUUAUGAAAAUGUUCAAAAAUCGCUGGCAGUUUCAGCAACAGUGGGUGUGUUCAAAGCAAUUUUUCACAAAAACAAGCCUGGUGACCUAUUAUUUUUAUUUGUUCAUUGUUUUCAGCACACAUUUUCCUAUUAUAUAUAUGAAUUUAAAAGAAUUCUGUGAAAGGAAAAAAAUUAUCGGAAUUCUCUUUAAAAGCAGAAUUUUUUGCGAGUGUUUAAUUUUCGAUAUAGUCACGAAGUUCCUCACCUUGCAAACAUUUAUCCUCGCGUAAAUAUUAAGGAUAAGUAUAAUGCAAAUCAAACACAUUUUGUCAUUGCACAAACCUUCCCCAACAUAUUAAAUGGAAACAGCCAUAUUUAGAAAAAUUGUUAAUUUUUAGCCUUCCAUAAUAAUAUAGGAUAGUAUAAUUUUAAGACAAAUAGAACAAACCACAACUGCUUAAUUUACAAUGACAUGAUAACUUUCUGUUUGCAGUGUGUUUUUAUUAAAUAAACAUUGACAUCUCAUGUAAAGCAGGUUUGUUACAGGUAUACAAUCUUCAAGGUCUACAGGUAAUUAAGAGGUGUUAAAACAUCCAUACAGUUCGUAGCAAUCAAGAUAAGAUAAGAUAAGUUUUAUUUGAGUCGGCAAGACAAGUAACAAUACAACAUAAGCACUACAGGUGCUUUUGAACCAACUAUCUUUAUGGUAGACAGUCUAAAGGUAAUGUGUAACUUUUAUGUACACCUGACUAAUUAAAAAGCUGAAACUUUUUAGCUCACCUGAGCAAUGCUCAGGUGAGUUUUUCUGAUCGCUCGAUGUCCGGCGUCUGUCGUCUGUCUGUCGUCUGUCGUCUGUCUGUCGUCUGUCUGUCAACAUUUAGCUUGUGUAUGCGAUAGAGGCUGUAUUUUUCAACUGAUUUUCAUGAAACUUGGUCAGAAUGAUUACCUAAAUGAAAUCUAGGCCGAGUUCGAAAAUGGGUCAUCUCGGGUCAAAAACUAGGUCACUAGGUCAAAUCAAAGAAAAACCUUGUGUAUGCGAUAGAGGCUGUAUUUUUCAAUUAAUCUUCAUGAAUUUUGGUCAGAAUGAUUACCUUGAUGAAAUCUAGGCCGAGUUCGAAAAUGGGUCAUCUCGGGUCAAAAACUAGGACACUAGGUCAAAUCAAAGAAAAACCUUGUGUAUGCGAUAGAGGCUGUAUUUUUCAAUUGAUCUUCAUGAACUUUGGUCAGAAUGAUUCCCUUAAUGAAAUCUAGGCCGAGUU